UGCAAGUAAGUAUCAUACUUCAUAAAUCAUAAUUAUCACUUAUGAUGACAAUGAACAGAGUUAUUACAGGCAGUAACAAAAAUACCAACUAUAUUUUUUCAUCGAAAGAUAUUGCAGAAGAUGCUUAAAAUGGUUUGGUAUGAUUUUUGGCCGGCGGACAUGGUCGGAAAAAAUAUCGAAUCUGAGUUAAAACAAAACACAACUCAGGUGGUGUUCUGUUACCUCAGUGUCUACGUUCCGGCUUUUAUGUAUCAUUUUGGAAAUUUCACCAUCGCUUUAAUCCGAAACAAAUUGGGAUUCGAGGCGGCUUUUCCGUUUAACUCAGAAAUCAGUCCGAUUUAUGAGAUUUUAUAUGUAUCGCAAGUUUGGUUGAACAUUUAUGCUAGUGUUACUUCUAUUUUGGGACACGAUUUUCUUUUAUUGGGACUUACUGGUAACGUUGUAGCUCAAGUCACGCUACUGGAGGAAGCUCUGAAGCAGCUGGGCACCGGGAAUGAAAUCGAAUUGAAUGAAAAAAUAAGGGUAAUCACUAAAAAACUGUAUUACACAAAUGAUUCAAACGAAUCUGAAGAGAUCAAGUUAAUGAUAUCUUGUUUCAAUCAUCACAGGAUGUUGUUAAGGUAAAAAAUAAAAAAAUA